AUGCCUCUAGCUUACAACCAGGAAGUUAUCAACGGCAUUCUCUUCACUUUUCAUUUCCAAAAAGAACUCCCAUUCUUCGCCCAUCAAAAACUAAUUGAAAUUACCGGAGUGGAAGUGAUGAGCCAGGAACAAGUCACUGAGUUCUUUAAGAUGAUCGACAACGGAGAAUUCCGGUUGCAGAAGGAAGUUGAGAACGUGACGCUGGCACAGGUUCUUAAUGUUCCGAACUUCGUGGAGAAAUACUUGGAUAUUGAGACGAGGCUCCGCCUCCGAAAGACCUGUACCACCAUCCGUGAAACCCUCAAUGAAAAGCCGCUAUUCAUAGAUUGUCUCAAGUACAAAUGCAAUAUAAAUUGUAUCGAAAUUUCUACAAAUGAAGGCUUCAAGGUCUCUUACGAGAUCACUGAAGGAGGAUUGAAUGUGAAAAAUGGGGAAAAAGUGAACCUGAUAAAUGCAACAAACGAAGAAAAGGUUGAAAUAAUUCAACGGGAUUUGAUGUCGAUUUUUGGUAGUGAGAAGCUGAGAAUUGACACUUUCGAAAUUGAAAACUAUAAAAAACAUGUUGAAGCUCAAUUUGGAAGUAUAGCACUACGAAACACAUUGAAUGAAGUGCCAAACAAAUUAAAGAUCAGAAAUUUGAAGUACGGUGUUGAAGAAGUGAAUGAAGUUUUAAUUGAAACAUUGAAGACGAUAGACCCGGAAAGUCUCAAAUUUCUUCGACUCUUUGUCUUACAAUUUGCAUAUUUUUGGACCCCUGUUGUGGACUUGUAUAAUCUGCAACAAUGGAAAUGUUUGAAAUCGUUAAAAGUUUUUUAUCGGGUACUGGUGAUUUCGGACAUUAUCAGAUUCUACACUCAUGUGGAUAAUGCCCAUUUGGAGAUUGACGGUUUUUACAGUUAUUCGAACUACACACCUUUACACACUUCAAUAAUGAUGAUUAAAGAUAAACUUCUUCAAAAUCCCAAUCUAAAACAGUUCAAAAUGGAAGCAUGCUUUGGUAUGAUGAAUCGUGCCUUUGAGAAUGUUAAAGCAAGUCUCCAACAAUACAACACGAACAAUGCUCCGCAUCCGUGCUGGAUUAGUAUUCCAUACCCAAAUUCUGAUAAGAAAUUGGAAAUUUUGGUUGAUAAAAUGAUCAUAUGGUUCAAGGGACCGUGUUAUGUGGAGGGAGAUGAAUUUGAACAAUAA